AUGGUGAAUACUGCUGCUGUUCUGUACACAGUGGUUCCCAUUGAUAAUAAAAGAGACGAACCUGAACUCCAUCCUGCAUCAAACUCCUGCAGCAUCUGGAAGGUCACCUUCAUCAUGAUUCCAGCCGUCCUCUUCCUCCUCUUGUUCUCAGUGACAAAUGUCCUGCUGAGCACACCAGUUGACGAUGAUGAUGAAUCUGUGGAAACCCUCCAGCUGCUUGAUGACAUCCACAUCCCCGACACUCGGAACAGGAAUGCGGACCCAUGCACUGCCAUAGGCUGCAAGUGGCCCAAAUCCGGAAGCUUUGUUAACGUGCCCUACGAGAUCUCCUCUGGCUUCUCUCCGACAGAUCGCAAGUUCAUCACUGAUGGCCUGGAGAAAUUCCAUGCGAGCACCUGCAUUCGUUUUGUCCCAAAAGGUGUUAAACAUCGUGAUUACAUCCAUAUCUAUUCAGGCAAUGGGUGUUGGUCCUAUUUAGGUCGUCAGGACGGAGGACAGAAAUUGUCUCUGCAGAAAAACGGGUGUUUGUACGGCUCCACUGUGCAACACGAGGUUCUUCACGCUCUGGGCUUCAACCAUGAACAGGUCCGCUCCGACAGAGACAAAUACGUUUCUAUUCACUACGAGAACAUCGGGGAAGAAAUGGAGCACAACUUUGACAAAAAGGAAACUAACAACCUGGGGACUCCAUAUGACUUCACAUCUGUCAUGCAAUACCCCAACGAUGCCUUCUCCAAAAAUGGGAAACCAACCAUCGUUGCCAAAAGCGACCCCAAGAUGAAGUUUGGAGACGCCGCACAAUUGAGCGUCAAUGACAUCAUCCGUGUCAACAAGCUUUAUAAAUGCUCCAACAAGAAAUUCAUGUUUUGAAGACGCCGGCCUCCAGAAUCUGCAGCUGGUCAGAAGCUUCAUCACAAACCAAACUGAGCUAGCAUUAAAAAUAACGUCUGCCUCUGUCCUUUUCUUAAUUAACAGCUGGAAAUUAUGGUUUGGUUUUGGAAAAUGUGUUUUGCCACGAGGUGGAUCACUGAUAGCCAUUUAGACAUAAACAGCAAGCAUCGCCACAUUUAUCUUUCUGCUUUUUUGAAUUUGCUUUGGUAUUUAAGUAAUUAAUAACUUAAAUUAAUUACUUAAAUACUGAGGGAAAUGUUACAGGAAUAAAGAAAAUUCUUCUUUGCAGUGAUUACUUAUGCAGCAAUGUAAUUAAGUUGCCUAAUAAAGAAGCAUAUUUUAAAAAA